AUGAUAUCUGAAUUAACAAGGAACGCAGCAAAGGAGCACGGCCAGGUGGUGCCACUCACGGUGUUUGUUGCUGUUUUGUGCCUGUGUUUACUCAUUGGUCACUUGCUUGAAGAAAACCGAUGGGUUAAUGAAUCCAUCACUGCCAUCCUCAUUGUAAUAACUCUCUGCUUUUACGCGGUGCAAAGAUAUGGGCUCUCACACAAUGCUAGUUCACCCAAUUUUCUCUUGCCUAGGAUGCAUUUCUGGAACAUUUAUCUUGGUACUGAGCAAAGGGAAAAGCUCUCACAUCUUAAGGUCAAGAAAAAGCAAUUCUUUCAGAAUUUUAUAACAAUCAUAUUGUUUGGGGUGAUCGGUGUCUUCAUAUCAACCCUCAUUAUCACAAUUGGUUGCUGGUGGCUGUUUCCAAGAUUAGGAUUUGUUGGUCUGACAGCUCGCGACUAUCUUGCUAUAGGAACAAUAUUUUCAUCAACUGACACAGUGUGUACGCUACAGGUUCUUAGUCAAGAUGAGACUCCAUUGCUAUACAGCUUAGUCUUUGGAGAAGGAGUAGUGAAUGAUGCAACAUCAGUUGUUCUCUUUAAUGCUGUUCAAAAGAUGGAUGUAACCAGGUUUAAUGCAUCGCAAGUCCUUCACGUCAUUGGAGAUUUCUUCUACUUUUUCUCAACAAGCACUGCUCUGGGAAUCUCUUCUGGACUUUUGACAGCAUACGUACUUAAAAGAUUAUACUUUGGAAGACAUUCAAGUGUUCGUGAAAUAGCUAUAAUGGUUUUAAUGGCAUAUCUGUCUUACAUGUUGGCUGAGCUGUUAGAACUAAGUGGAAUUCUCACAGUCUUCAUUUGUGGGAUUCUCAUGUCACAUUAUGCAUGGCAUAAUGUGACUGAAAGUUCAAGAAUCACAACCAGGCACGCAUGUAUUUGCAAUGAUGUCCUUUAUAGCAGAAACAUUCAUAUUUCUCUAUGUGGGCAUGGAUGCUCUCGACAUAGAGAAAUGGAAAAUGACGAAGUUGAGGUAAUUGUUUGGUGGGCUGGGUUAAUGAGAGGAGCCGUCUCCAUUGCUUUGGCUUUCAAACAGUUCACGUAUUCUGGAGUUACAUGGGAUCCAGUCAAUGCUACGUUGGUCACCAAUACCAUCAUUGUUGUCCUCUUUACUACAUUGGUGUUUGGUUUUCUUACAAAACCAAUUAUAAAUUACUUGAUCCCCCAACCCUCAAAUAACCAUAACAAGGAUCAGGAACCAAAGUCUCCGAAGGAAGAUAAGACUCUGCCAUUGCUGUCCUUGGAAGAAUCUGCUGCAACCAACAUACUUCGUGCGAAGGAUAGUUUGUCCAGCCUAGUAGAAAGGCCUGUGUAUACUAUACAUUACUACUGGAAGAAGUUCGACGACGCGUAUAUGAGACCAAUAUUUGGGGGACCUAUGAGCAACCGGUCAGAGUGCUAG